AUGGUUCCGGCCAUUUACGUGUUUGGUGACUCCUUAGCCGAUGUGGGUAACAACAAUUACCUAAAGAUCUCUCUUCUCAAGGCUAAUUUCCCUCACAAUGGUGUUGAUUUUCCCAACAAGAAAGCAACCGGCAGGUUUGGAAAUGGCAAGAAUUCUGCCGAUUUUCUUGCGGAGAAAGUUGGGUUGCCAACAUCACCACCCUAUCUCUCACUUGUAUCCAAGUCCAACAAUCAAGAUUUGUCCUUUGUCGCCGGAGUUAGCUUCGCCUCCGGAGGGGCUGGAAUCUUCAAUGGCUCAGACGAAAAAUUUCGGCAGUCAAUUCCUUUGUCAUAUCAAGUAAACUACUAUUCAAAAGUGUAUGAAGACAUCGGGCUAGAAUUGGGAUCCAACGGUGCCCAGGACCAUCUGUCAAAAUCUCUGUUUGUCAUUGUGAUUGGAAGCAACGACAUCUUCGCCUACUUCGACUCAUCCAAGCUCCGCGAGGAAUCAACACCCAACCAGUACGUAGAUUCCAUGGUCUCAAAUCUGAAACAGCAAUUAGAGAGAAUAAAUUCUAUGGGCGCUCGAAAAUUUGUAGUUGUCGGGACUGCGCCAGUUGGAUGCUGCCCAGCUCAAAGGGUUUCGAAUGACGGAGAGUGCAACGACGAUGCAAACUCCAUGUCUAUCCGCUACAACAACGGCCUUAAGUCGAUGUUACAGCAGUCGGAAGCGGCAUUGCACAUAAAAUUCACCUUCUUUGAGACGUACGGUGUCUUCUCGGACAUCAUUCAGAACGGAGCUUCUUACGGAUUUACAGAGACCAAAGCUGCAUGCUGUGGUUUUGGAAAGCUUAACGCCGACUCUUUUUGCCUGCCGAUUUCGUCUUUGUGCUCCAACAGAACGGACCAUGUCUUCUGGGACAAAUUCCAUCCUACAGAGGCAACUCAUCGAAUCUUGGUGGACAAACUUUUCGAUGGUCCUUCACAAUACACAUUCCCAACGAAUGUGAAGGAGUUAAUUCAGAUGCAAUAG